CCUAUCUCCGCCCGCCAAUACGGCACCAUAAGCUUGUCAGCAACAUACCGUCCUGUCAGAUCCGGCGAGUCGCGGACUUCCUGAGCAUUCAUGGUCCUUAGCGCGCAAGAUCAGAGGGGGCGGGACGGCGCUAGAAGAGACAAUGAAGACCAGCGCAGACAUGAUGAUGACUGCCUCCCCCCAAGCGGAAAGAAGGGCUCUACCCAAAACGUCCGCAACCGCAACCGCGACCGCGACAGCGACAACGAUGAGGAGCUCCAGACACCAAUCCAUAUCUUCGUUCCGGGCGAAAAAUUGGAUACUGCGGUCCUAGUAGAAUAUGUCGCCCAAUAUCUCGACCGCGCCGCAAAGAUCACGUCCGCCCACCACCCCACGGACAAGACUCGCACUGGUUUCAGUGUGACUGGGAAAGGACCGCUAAAUGCUGCCAACCUCCGCGAUCUCAUCAAUGAUUCGAAAGACUGGGAUCUGGAAAGACAGAGUAAAGAAUAUCGAAGAAACCCAUAUGACUACCGGGACUCGGACACUGCACAACGUCGAGCGAGAAAAGGCCCUUCGGAAGGCAGCAUCCUCCUGGGAAAGCAAUCGCGACAGACACGGGAAGCACAUGUCGCCUCUGGUGACAGUCCAGUUCGCCGACACUCAUACGGCGCAUCUUCCCAGUCUCAACCACCACCCGAGAAAGCAGAUCCACUCAACGCGACUCUGUCACCCCUCGCUAUCUCAGACGCUGCAAAGACCUUAACCUCGAAUGAAACCCCUGACUAUCCAGGCUCCCCGCCUCAAUACAAGACCGAGGCCCUUGACGCUGGCAGGUGCGCGAAUUCGCGUGUCGGAAUCCCCCAGCAUCGGCACCAUAUCCAGGAACCAACUCCACCCCCAGACAGUCCACCCGAACAGCCGCUUGCCCUGUAGCUCGGACCGCCAUCAAACUCCCGUCGCCGAUAGUUGAGGCCUAGCAGGCGGAAGAGAAGGAGUGCUUCUUGACCUUCAAGCCUGACAGUAUGGAAACCGGUCCACAGCCGGAGCUCAGCACCAACCCAGGACGCGCCUAGCCUUGUGUGGUUAUAUGUGCUCAUGCCCAAUUUCUUGUCUUUUCUCUUAAAUUCCAGUGAUUUUGCUUUGGUAGGGCACUCGUUUCGUGGCCCUAAUGAGACUAAAGCAGGUGUGAACGAAUGUUACGAUUGGAAUGACCGCGCGACCCCGCGCACCUACCAGGAUCGCAAUGCUUGUGCGAUAGCCGCUUUUGCUGUUCAAGUCCUGUACAUUGAAUAACAAUAUUUGAUAUAUGGAUAUAACCCGACGACUUGAAAGAC